AUGACGCUAAGCAAGUCUGACACCCCUCUCUCUGUAAUGCCUACUGGUAUACUCCUGAGAUCAGUUGUCAUGACCUCAGUAAUGUCGUCCCCUCUGCUCUUUCGGCCGUGCCUCGCCCUUCUGCGGAAACUCACUGAGUCCAAAUCCCUCCUGUUCGAUGAGUCGCGGAACCCGAUCCUCAAAGCCCUCCUCCGCCACACUGUCUAUGCUCAUUUUAAUGCCGGUAUUAACAAGGAAGAAGUCAUAAAGACGGUCAAGGAGCUGAAGAGAAUAGGAUUCAAGGGAGUUAAUCUCGGCUACGGGAGAGAAAUCGUCCUCGGCACGAACCAUGGCCAGCAGAAUACAGCGGCACAGGGACACAAUGACUUGCAAAUGGUUGAGGAGUGGAAGCAGGGAACUUUGCAAACCUUGGAGAUGAUUGGGCCCGGAGACUUCACAGCUAUAAAAUUCACAGGGGCUGGACCCAUCGCCAUGGAGGCGAUGCUAAAGGGUCAGAACAUGCCCGAGCCUAUCAGCAAUGCCAUCAACGAGGUUUGCGAGAGUGCUGCCCGCCAGGGAGUGCGAAUCUGGAUUGAUGCGGAGCAGCAAGCGAUUCAACAUACCAUCGACAGCUGGACUAUUGACUUAAUGCGCAAAUACAACCGCGACCGAGCACCGCUGGUAUACAACACGAUUCAGGGCUACUUGAAGGGUGCUAGGGAUAAUACCACCCGACACAUUAAGCUGGCGGCCGCUGAGGGUUGGACUUUAGGUGUUAAGCUUGUUAGAGGAGCAUACAUUGAGCACGAGGAUCGCAGCUUGAUUCACGACACCAAGGAGGACACAGAUCGGUCAUACAAUGACAUUGCAUCAGCCUUGAUCGAGCGGCGACUGCCACAGCAGCCAGCGAGUGAGGCAUCUGAGAACUACCCACAAGUUGCUUUAUUCUUGGCAUCACACAACAAAGACAGUGUCCGCAACGCCAUGCGAAUUUACCGUCAGCGGGUUGAAUCAGGGCAGCCUACGAUCAUUUUGGAGACGGGCCAGUUGCAGGGCAUGGCUGACGAGGUGAGUUAUGAGCUACUACAGGCGGACCGGGAAUGGUCAGCAGCCAACUCCGGUGCUGCUACAACAAAGCCGAUUCCCAUGGCUUACAAGAGUCUUGUCUGGGGCACCGUAGCUGAAUGUAUGCACUUUCUUCAUAGAAGAGCUAUCGAGAAUCGAGGUGCUGCGACUAGAACGGAACGCAUGGCUCAGGCACUAAGACAGGAACUGCGACGGAGGGUAUUUGGUUAA